GCUCCAGCCCGCGCGCGAGAUAUUGGAGCGACAGACUCAGACUCGCUGCCCUCUGCAAUAGGAGGAUUUGCUGCUGCGAGCAAUGGAUCUCGACAAAAAGUGGAACGCGCAUCUGAGGCGAGCAUCACGGAAGCCCAAAGUUUGUCCGCUGUGCCGCCAGGCAAUCGCGAUUUCUAGCCCUCAAACGACGGCGACGGCGACGGCGACUGCGACUGCUGUUCCAGACCAGCCCGAUCUCCAGAAUGGCAACGCAGAACCCGGUCGCAUGGGCUUUGAGAAACACCUCGCAGAUUUCCACGCUGAGUUGCUUGAAGAAAAGACCACGCAAGCGGAAAAGGCCGCGUGGAUCCAGGAGCAAUGGGAGGCUGCGCAGUCGUCAGGUGACAGGGACGGGGGCAGUAAACUUGGCGCUCACAGCCCGCUGGCCAGUCCGAGGGCCCCAAAAGCGGCUGCCGCCGGUGAGGGCGUCCAGCCGCACCCUCCCCGUCCCUCUAGCCGGAGAAAGGCCGUCGGGCCCGACUCUUCGGCAGCUGUCCCCGAUGACCGCCCAAGCAAGAGCCCCACUCCCAAGAGGGAGGGGUCCAGGUCCAGGAGCGUGUCCCCGCCGAAGCGGUCCAAGGCUCGCGCCGGAGUUCACCCGGGCAUCGGCAUCGGCGUGGAUGAGUUCGACCGGGGCACGUACCAAAAGGGCAGGCUAUGGACCAGCGACGACACUACCGCUCCCCCUCUGCGCCCGUACGACAAAUCCAAUGUUGCGACAUAUCAACGCCAACGGCAAUUCUCAGGCUCGGCUCCCAAGAGCCACCGCCAGUCCCACACGCUCCCGGCCCGGGCUGCACCGACCUCGCCCGCGGAUGAUGAGUCUAUCGAGAUGAUCAAGGAGCCCGAAACCCGCCCAAUCUCUCAGGAGCAGCUGGUGGCAGAGGUCAAGGGCAUCUAUGCUGGCCUGGUGAUGGUCGAGAGCAAGUGCAUCGAGGUGGACAACAACCAGAGUUCUCAACACGAUCCGGCCAGCAAGCUCAACAACAACGCUCAAGGUCCCCAAACUGGCCCCUCCGGCAAGCUCAACAACGACCAAUGGCAGGCUCUUAUCGCCCUACAUCGCACCUUGCUCCACGAACACCACGACUUCUUCCUCGCGUCCCAGCACCCUUCCGCAAGCCCGGCGCUGAGAAGGUUGGCCGCAAAGUAUGCCAUGCCUGCGCGGAUGUGGCGGCACGGCAUUCACAGCUUCCUCGAGCUCCUGAGGCACCGGCUGCCAGCCAGUCUGGACCACAUGCUUACCUUUAUCUACAUGGCCUACUCGAUGAUGGCGUUGCUAUACGAGACGGUGCCUGCGUUCGAGGAUACGUGGAUCGAGUGCCUGGGCGACCUUGGCCGCUACCGCAUGGCCAUUGAGGAUGACGACAUUCGGGACCGAGAAGUCUGGACUUCAGUGAGCCGUCACUGGUACUCCCGGGCCUCCGACAAGUCUCCAACAACAGGGCGCCUCUACCAUCACUUGGCCAUCCUUGCCCGUCCCAACGCGCAGCAGCAGCUCUACUACUACGCCAAGUCGCUGUGCGUGGAGAUGCCUUUCCCAUCUGCCCGGGAGAGCAUCAUGACUCUGUUUGAGCCCAUCAUGUCUCGGACUCCAAACCCGCAACAGGCCCGGCUCCCGCCCGCUGAGCUCUACUUUGUGAGGACCCACGGCAUUUUGUUUAGCGGGAAGCAGGAGGAGGACUUGGAGCCAUCCAUUACCCAGUUUCUCCAGUUGAUUGACAAUCACAUUAAUCGUUCAACUCGUCGAUGGCUCGAAUCAGGGUACCACAUUGGCAUCGCCAACAUCUGCGCGAUCCUCGGCUACGGCGAUGAGACCAACCCAAUUGCCCAAGCUCUCAAGAUUGCUCGGCCCAAGGAUCCCGAAUCUCAGGAUCAGCCGAUGCAAGACUCCGGCUCCGAAGUCCCCUUGCCCCAAGUUGAUGCCAGCAAGCAGUUCCCCAACGCCCGCAGACUCUUCAAGAGCACCUACGACAUCGUCUGCCGCCGCUUCGGCGACCCGAACACCCUUCCCUUCAUCCACGUCACCCUCGUCUUCAUCCACCAUCUCACGUUCUGCCCGGAGGCGAUGGCCCAUGUGGCGCCCCACUUCCCCUGGAAGUUGACGGCAUUCAUGCUCAAUACGUUGAUUGGUUCAUCUCAAAACGUUUCACAGGCUUUGGUUCGCCUUCUGGAAAGUGGUGCAAUGUUUCCGGGCUGGAAGGAGACGCAGGAGGAGGAGGAGAGGAACGAGGGGGCCUUUGGGGAGCCUCGGCCGCGCGCGCCGAAGCGGCGGCCCCUGCCUGAAGAUUUCGCCCUUCGGGGAUUCCCGUUCGUGGAGAGCUACUUCCCCGACGGCUGGUUCUCGACCGAGGAGAAGAUCGAUGACGACGACAAGUAUUUCGAGGUCCCAUCGAUGAUCGAGGAGCGGAAGGAACGGGUGGUGUGGCUUGGACGUCGCAUUGCCGAGAGAGAGGGCGGCCGGUGGCUGCGGUUUGACCAGGAGACCGGACGGUUCGGUGUCAGCCCGGAGUAUGAGGUAGAUCUGGAUUUGGAAGUGCCGGGGCCCUUGCCCCCAACGCCCGCGUCAGGCAGCUCCCCACAAUCAAAGCCCGCGGAGAGCUUUGAUUGUGGGGAGCUGCCCGACGCCGGCGCGGUUGCCUGAACCGGAUGCCCAAUUCCGGAAGUUCGAGGAAGGGGACACC